AUGGAGACAGAAAAUAGAGGCGAUUCUCAGGCAGAUAAAGGAAAUGAAGGCGAUUCUCAGACAGACAAAGGAAAUGAAGGCGAUUCUCAACUAGAUAAGCAACCCUUAAAAGAUGAGUACUCUUCACAUCUAAAAGUUUUAAGUGAUUUAAAAUAUUCAGAUGUUAAAAAGAAAAAGUACCAUAUUAGCAAUAGAGAUGCUCAAGACUGCUGUGAAAUCUUAUGCUUAUGUUGCUUAUUUCCAUGUCAGCUUUGCGAUGGUAAUUGCUAG